UGUUAAUUUAUUCACCAUCGUUGACUUCCUGGAAGACAUUUACCAAACGCGACGGGUUAAAUAGUUAAUCGUGUACCGAAUGAAAGUGAAAGCUGUGGCCCACGGGCUCACCGCGGCGUGGAUUCUCCAGGUCCUAACCCCCGCAGAGCCCGCAUUCCUCCCCGGCGCUGACCCCUAUCGGGUCGGACCACAGGUGAACGCAGCUGGCCGUCCGAAGGGGGGGUAAACCGGGCGAGCCGCGUCGUUGCUGUCAAUGCACCUCGAGCCACUCAGCUCAACGUGUCAAUCACAUCUAUGGGGACCUUUAAAUGGCACAAGGCCUCCCUGCUUCCCCUCCACUUCUCUGCCCGUAUUGCCCCAGUUUGGUCGCCCUGGACGACCCACACCGGCCCGCUGCCAGAAGUCUCUCUCUCUCUCUCUCUCUCUACAGGGGCCUUCUCAAAUGGAGGCAUGCGCUCAUGCCAACACACGCGGCCGUGGGUCCGUCGGGGCCCAUCAGCCCAACAUUUUCAUCACAUGACUCCUGAAGCGAGUCGUUUCAGCGCUCUUAUUUUGGCGAGGCGUCUCGAGACUUUUCAGAGCGACCCGUCGCCCUUUUUCGCGCUCCUCUGCGUCUGUAGAAACCAGCACAUGGACUCGGAAGAAUCUCUACCCACGGGAGUCGACGCUGCCAGUCGGCGGUUUCCACGGCGAUUCCCUGUUUGGUUUUGGAGGCACCAAAGACCCCCCUUUUUUUGCGGCCUUUUUUCCGGCUUUGAUACGUGAAGCGGAUGCUCGUUUGAUCCAGAAAGGUCUCGGUUGGACUCGUUUUAACGGAUCGGUUGAUUUUGGUUAAAAACCAAACUAUAUUGUAUGAAAUCUGGUUUGUGUCCAUUGGUGGUUUUUGCCACAAAAUGUCAACUCCACGAUCGGUGCAGGAAACCUUUUGUCACGUCGACAGCAGCUUUGCCGACUCGCCACCCGAAAGCCACAGUUUGUCGUGACAUUUGCUCCAGUUCCGUGGACUCCGAGUAAAGUGCACGGGGGGGACAUUUUAUACCCGCAAUGUCACGGCGUGACUGUGAAGGCUUCAUCUUGUGUUUUGAGCUGCCAGAGAUCUGGACUGACACCCGGGAGACCAUCGCAGAGGGCAUGACCUUCCACCUGCGUCACCUGGGCACGACGCUGGUGGAGCGGCCCAAGGGGGAGGAGCUGUCGGCUGCAGCGGUCAAGAGGAUCGUGGCCACGGCUAAAGCCAGCGGGACGAAGCCUCAGAAAGUCGCCCUGAAGGUCUCCUUCCGGGGAAUCGUCCUGCACGACGGCGCCACCCACCAGCUCCUGGAAAACGUCUCCAUCCACAGGAUCUCCUACUGCACGGUGGACGCGCUGCACGAUAAAGUGUUUGCUUACAUCGCCCAAGACGCCCUCAGCGGGACCCUGGAGUGCCACGCCUACCUCUGCCCCAAGAGGAAAGUGGCCCGGGCGGUGGCUUUGACGGUGGCGCAGGCCUUCACGGUGGCUUUUGAACUCUGGCAAGUGGCCAAAGAAGAGAAAGGGAGGAGGGCGAGGUCGGGUUCAUCGGGAGGAGCCGGCAAUAGUUCCCGUUCGGAGAGGUCGGGCAGCUUGGGGAGCCUCAGAGGGACAGAUGUGGCCACGGACCGGCUGUUGGACUUUGGCGACGGCGCCAACGUGGUCGCAGAGUCCAACGGGAACGUAGAGGAGGACCAGAGGCCCCCUGAGACCAACAAGAACCCUCCCUGUGAGGCCGAAGACGCUUUGGACGAAGCCUUUUCCAGACUGGCAGCGUCGCGUACUAACCCCCAGGUCCUGGACAUUGGGGUGACCCCCCCCCCCAAGAGUGGCUCAGCGAACCCGACUAGGACAAAGGCCGACGGAAAGGGGCCUCGGCCCGUUCGGGGAGGACAUGUGACCACCAGCAACACGACAGAGAGAGGGGAGGGGAGGGGAGGGGGUCUCUCUACGUCUUCCCCUGGUUUCAAAAGGCACCACUUUGUAUUAAAGACCAGGCUGCAGAAGGUCCAAUGAGUGAAGAGGUGGAAGAGAAACCGCUUGGCUGCACUCUUCACAAUUCUUCCCUUCUUUGGGGACACGGCACACACGCCCCCCCCCCCC